AUGCCUGCAGACCAUGGCGCCCAGUCUGCCUCGGGCGGCUCAAAUGGAAAGGGCAAAGCUGAUGCCUCUCUAAAGCCUCCCAAAGCCCACGACUUUGCCCGCACUUCCUCCUCCUCCUCUACAGAUCAUCGUCAAGAGAGCGCAGGCGUGGGCAGUCAAGAGGCAGAGGCCACUGCAAAGCCUCGUAGGCCAGGAGGACUACGGCAGCAGAACACCUCCCAGGGAUCGGUGGAUUCGGCUCGUAGCUUUGCUGGGGAUGCGGCAGAGACGUACCAAGAGGCUCGGCAUGCCUUUGGCGAGGGAAGGGCCAGUCCCUACUUCAUGGCCGUCGUGGCGUUUCUCUGCAGUCUAUCGCAAGGACUGCCGCUGGCGAGCAUGUUCAAGGUGUAUACCUUUCUAACGUGCGAGAUAUAUGAUGAUAUCAGCGCAGGCGAUGGAGAAGGAUCGUCAAGCGGUGUGCAGACACUAGGGAUCACUAUCCCACCUGCGCCUGAGCUCCCGCAUCCUCCACAAUGCAGCGAUCCCAGAGUCCAGAAGACCACAUCCGCCUACGCCGCGGCCAUGGCCACCGUGGGAGCUCUGGUAGCCCUGCUCCUGCUGGACAAGGUGACGAAAGUCUCUCGCCACUUUGGUCGGAAGCCUAUUAUGCUGCUGCCUCAGCUGCUGAUUGCUUUGGCCUUCUCGGGAUUCCGAAUCUCGGUAGCCCUCCCACAGUACGCAGGCAUGUCACUCCUCUUUGUCGCAGUCGUCAUUCUCGAAGCCAGUGCGGGCGCUCCUCUUCGCAUCUCCAUUCAAAAUUACGUAGUGGAUACGACUACCGACUCACAACGAGCAGCCGCUCUGAGCUUCAUCGAGGGCUUUGGGCAAAUAGGAGCCUUCCCCUCUUCCACCAUUGGAGGAUUCCUAGCAGCCGUGACGGGUCAAUUCUUCGCGCCCUUUUACGCAAGUAUAGCCGUCGCGCUCUUCUCCUUUGUCUUCAUCCUCAUCCUCGUUCCAGAGAGCAAGAAGCAUCGUCAUCAUACCCUGAUAGAUGAUUGGGAGCACAGUGCCGAAGCGGACGAGAGGCAUGCAGAGCAAGAGCGGCGGAGAGAGGCUAUGCGACGUCAGAGCUACCAGUCUACUGGCGAGGCCAACGAGUCGUACAUUAGUACCGAGACGAAUAAUUCGACGAUGCCGACUGGGUGGAGACACUACCUGCGCAAGAUCAAUUUCCUCCAACCCCUCGGCAUCUUCUGGCCUGCCAGACACCACUCGGGCCCCAAGCGUGGCAGGCUCGACUGGCGUCUGCUGAACCUAGCCGCCAUCGUCGUCUUCGAGGAGACGUUCCAGGUGUUUCUGGUUCCCACGCUCCUCCUCUUCAAUUCAGACGUCUUUGGAUUUGAUGUGUUGCAGAAUGGAUACCUGGUAUCCCUCCUGCAGGGUACACGCGCCCUUUACCUCACAGCCAUCUUCCCGCCGACAGUAGCUGCUGCUAGAAGAUGGAUCUCGGCGAGGGUACAGAGGAGGAAGAGCGCAUUGAAGAACCAACAGAGGCGCUCACAGGCAAGUGAGACGUCACCCCUCCUUGGUAAUGGCAGUGGCGGCAGCGGUACAGGCGAGCUGGGCGAAGGAGAAGGAGAAGGAGAAGGAGAAGCUCUCAACGGUUCUCAAUUCACCUCUACCACUGUUGCGAAACAGGAGCAACGCGGCAAGCUGGACAUUGUCCUAAUGGUCCUCUCCUACAGUCUCGCCACUGCUUCCUUUCUCCUCUUCUCCCUCUCCCGUCGUAUAGGCACUACCCCCUGGUUCGCCCUAGCCCUAGCCAUAAUCGGUACCCAACUCUCCUCGGGGGCAACCAAUGUCCGUACAGCCCUAGUGGUCAACAGUGUCUCUGAAGAGGAGCAAUCUCGCGCCCUUGCAGCCAAUCAGGUGUUGUGCACCCUGGUGUAUGCGUGCGUACCACUGCUCACAUCACUGGUGUAUGGAGCGGGAAUCCAGAGGGGGGUACCAGAAGCAGUGUGGAUCUUCAAGGCGGCAUUUGCUGCAAUGGCUGCACUGGGCAGCUUGGGACUCUUUGUUACGCAUAGGGGUACGUCGGCUCGAGCCUGA